UACAAAUAUAAAAUGACAAAUGAUAAUAACAAGAAUAUAUUGGUCACUGGAGGUGCUGGGUACAUUGGUAGUCACACAGUCGUUGAAAUGAUUCAAGCCGGUUAUACACCAAUUGUCAUUGACAAUCUGUCAAACUCAUCAGUUGAGUCAUUGAGACGCGUCCAACUAAUCACUGGUCACGAAGUCGAAUUCCAUGAGAUUGACCUGAUGGAUGAGCAAGCCCUGACGAACCUGUUCCAAACCAGAACCAUCAACAUGGUUGUCCACUUUGCCGGCCUGAAAUCAGUCAGUGAGUCAGUGUCCAAGCCACUAAAGUACUAUGACAACAACAUUACUGGUACACUCAUCUUGCUCAAGGUGAUGGAGAGGUUCAACGUCAAGAACAUCGUAUUCUCAUCAAGUGCCAAUGUCUAUGGAGCUGCCCAGAAGGUUCCAAUCACAGAGGAUCUCCCACAUGGAGCCACCAACCCGUAUGGAAAGACCAAGAUGUUCAUUGAGGCCAUCCUCCAAGACACAUGUGCCAGUGAUCCAGAGUGGAACUGUAUUCUGUUGAGAUACUUCAAUCCAGUUGGCGCUCAUCCUUCUGGUUUGAUUGGAGAGGACCCAAGAGAUAUCCCCAACAAUCUGGUUCCAUACAUCACUCAGACCGCCAUUGGUCGCAGAAAGGUCUUGUCUGUGUUUGGAGGCGACUAUGAAACUGAGGAUGGAACUGGAGUCCGCGAUUACAUCCAUGUUGUUGAUCUUGCCAAAGGACACAUUGCUGCUCUAGGACAUCUUUACACCAAGCCAGGAUGUGAUGCUUUCAACCUUGGAACUGGUCGUGGUUACUCUGUUCUUGAGAUGGUGGAGGCAAUCAGGAGGGCAUCGGGCCGCGAGGUUCCAUACCAGAUCGUCGACAGACGUCCAGGUGACGUUGGUGUCUCCUACGCUGAUCCAAGCAAGGCCCUAGAGGUGUUGGGUUGGAAGGCCAACUACAACCAGCUUGACAUGUGUGAGCAUGCCUGGAAGUGGCAGUCACAGAAUCCAAACGGCUACGACAUUACAGCCGUCGAGAGA